AUGUCUUCUUGCGCACAAUGGGCUCAGAGCGAAGAGGCCGCUCUACUUGCUCAUCACUAUCAAAUUGGAGAUCUCAUCGAACGAGGUCCACUAAGUACUGUUUACCGUGCUGUGCAUCGAACGAGCUCCAGACUGUUCACUGUGAAAAGUAUCGAUUUGCAAAAGUACACUGCCACAUCGGGACUCACAAGGGACGAUGUUGAUAAAGAAAUCGAAAUAUGCGCACAGUUGAAGCACUCUUUUUUGUGCGAAUUAAGAGAUGUAAUUGCUGGUGAAAAAGCUGUUCAUAUGGUGUUUGAGUUCUUGGAUGGUGACGACAUUUGCUUUGAGAUCGUUAAACGUGCCAGUGCUGGUUUUGUAUAUAGCGAAGCAGUUGCGAGCCACUAUAUGAAGCAGCUGAUGCAAGCGCUGCAAUACAUGCAUUCUCAGGGUAUUGUUCAUCGUGAUAUUCGGCCACAUAACGUCGUCUUGGCGAGCAAAGACAAUUCAGCACCACUAAAACUGACCGGAUUUGGUGUUGCUAUUAAACUGGAGUCACCAGAAUCGAUUAUUUCGGGAGGUCGUGUUGGAACGCCACAAUUUAUGGCUCCUGAAGUUGUGAGUAAUAUGGAGUACGGAACAAAGGCAGAUAUGUGGAGUGCGGGUGUUCUGCUUUAUAUUUUGCUUUGUGGAAGGCUUCCUUUCGUUGGUUCGCAUCGCGAAAUUUAUGAGAGUAUCACCGAAGGAAGAUAUUCGCAUCGCGGUGGCACAUGGCAAUCCAUAAGUAAUUCAGCAAAGGAUUUACUGAUUAGGUUGUUGACGGUUGAUCCACACAACAGGAUAUCUGCUGAAGAGGCGCUGGAUCAUGAAUGGAUUCGUGAAAGGGAACAUGCGGCUCCGAAACGGCAUCUUCAAAGCACCGUUGAACAAAUUCGACGGUACAAUUCAAGGAGGAAACUCAAGAGCAACAUUUUGGCUGCUGUAAAUAAUGAGAAAUGGUCAGCGAACUGGACAUCACCACAGGGAUCGAUGUGUUCUAUCUUAAGUGGAGAUACAUUACCCGGAGGGGACACAUGUGAUGCGGAUGGCUGUACCAGACGUGGUCCUGAGCAAACCGUUCCAGAUGAUUUAAUUGGUGUCGAAAGGGUAUCUUAG